AUGGAUGGCUGCGCCACCAUACCCAAUCAACUCCCCCAAUCACCCUGCACCUCAGCACGCCCACCAUACGUUUUGUCUCAGCAAGCGACUUCCAUUUCCUCGUCACCACCACCACCACUACCACCACCACCAUCUUGUUGCGCGCGCUUUUGCGGUUUGCAGGGCAUUCCGCUAGUCCGCCCUGGAUGCGUAACUCACGACGACAUGGUCCUCCGGGGCGCAGCACUUGGCCGCCCAAUCCGGAAAGUGCUGCUUCUGCUGCUGUUACGGGCUGUGUCAGGGUCCGGUGACCGAAUCCGCCGCCUUUGCAGCAACUCAACUCGAAACUCGCUCUUGGUCGCUCGCCGGAGCACUUGGGGGCUGCCCGCUCCCUACUUAUCAACGGGGCCAAACUCGCAGAGUGCCUCGAGUCUGCCGUGUCUGCCACGGCUCAGUGGCUUUGCUGCGGCUGUGCACCAUUUGGGGGCCGCCGCUUGCACCAGCCCAGGCAACGAACCUUGUAUUGCCUUAGCACACAAUGCGCACUUCGACGCCGGCGCUUUUGCGCAGCACUCCCGGUCGACUAAUCCAGUCACCCUCGGUGUGACUGCAUUCUGA